GUGACUGCCGGUCUCUCCUGCUCCAGUAACUGGAGGCACAAGGUCCUUCUUCCCCAGCCUCAUCUUCAUUCUUCAGGUCUGGGUUGUGCUCUGCUGCCUCAGCCAUGGCACCCAAAAAGAACAAGACGACCAAGAAGAACAAAGGAGACAUCAACGAGAUGGCCAUCAUGGUUGAGGACAGCCCUGUCAACAAGAUCAAUGGGUUGAACACACUGUUCGAAGGAGGAAAUGGCUUCAGCUGCAUUUCCACUGAGGUUACAGAUUCCGUUUAUGCUCCCAACCUCCUGGAGGGUCUGAGCACCAUGCGGAACGAGAGUUUCCUUUGCGAUCUAACAGUGGCCACCAAAUCAAAGUCCUUUGAUGUCCACAAGGUCAUCAUGGCCUCUUGCAGCGAGUACAUACACAACAUUUUGAAAAAAGAUUCAACGCUGCAGAAAAUCGACUUGAACGACCUGUCACCCGUCGGCCUGGCUACAGUCAUCACAUACGCAUACUCAGGAAAACUCACCUUGUCGCUCUACAGCAUCGGAAGCACCAUCGCGGCGGCCAUGCUUCUGCAGAUCAGAACCUUAGUGAAGAUGUGCAGUGACUUCCUUAUGCAGGAACUCAGCGUGGAGAACUGCAUGUACGUGACAAACAUUGCAGACGCCUAUGAUCUUAAAGAAACCAAGGAGGCGGCGCAGAAGUACAUGCGGGAGAACUUCAUUGAGUUCUCCGAGAUGGAGCAGUUCCUGAAGCUCACCUAUGAGCAGAUCAGUGACUUCCUCUCAGACGAUUCCCUCCAUCUUCCCUCGGAGGUCACCGCCUUCCAGAUCGCCAUGAAAUGGUUGGACUUCGACGAGAAGAGGUUGAAGUAUGCCGCCGAUCUCCUGACUCACAUCCGCUUCGGCACCAUCUCUGCCCAAGAUCUUGUAAAUCACAUCCAGAGCGUGCCGAGAAUGAUGCAGGAUCCCGAGUGCCACCGUCUCCUGGUGGACGCUAUGAACUACCACCUGCUGCCGUACCAGCAGAAUAUCCUCCAGUCGAGAAGAACAAAGGUGCGCGGGGGCCUCAAGGUGAUACUGACGGUUGGAGGACGCCCCGCCUUGACAGAGAAAUCUCUCAGCAAGGAUGUUCUCUACAGGGACGUUGAUAACGUGUGGAAUCGCUUGACAGAAAUGCCGGCCAAGAGCUUUAAUCAGUGUGUGGCGGUGUUGGAUGGCUUCCUGUAUGUGGCUGGAGGCGAGGACCAGAAUGACGCGAGGAACCAGGCCAAGCAUGCCGUCAGCAACUUCUGCAGGUAUGACCCCCGCUUCAACACUUGGAUCCACCUGAACAACAUGAUCCAAAGGCGCACCCACUUCAGCCUCAGCACCUUCAAUGGCCUAUUGUUUGCCAUCGGUGGCCGUAACUCCGAUGGCGUUCAGGCCUCAGUGGAGUGCUACGUGCCGUCAUCCAACCAGUGGCAAAUGAAAGCGCCCAUGGAGGUGCCCCGCUGCUGUCACGCUAGCUCAGUCAUCGACGGCAAGAUCCUGGUGUCGGGUGGUUACAUCAAUAACGCCUAUUCCAGAGCCGUGUGUUCAUACGACCCGUCCACCGACAGCUGGCAGGAUAAGGGUAGCCUGAGCUCACCUCGAGGUUGGCACUGUGCUGCCACAGUGGGUGACCGCGCCUAUGUCAUUGGUGGCAGCCAGCUGGGAGGUCGCGGGGAGAGGGUGGAUGUCCUGGCGGUGGAAUCCUUCAACCCUCAUACAGGGCAGUGGAGCUACUGCGCUGCUCUUCACACGGGCGUAAGCACGGCCGGUAUUUCCAUUUUGAACAACAAGCUGUAUCUCCUCGGAGGCUGGAACGAGGGUGAGAAGAAGUACAAGAAGUGUAUUCAGGUGUACAACCCUGACCUCAAUGAGUGGACUGAAGAUGACGAGUUGCCAGAAGCGACAGUGGGUAUUUCCUGCUGCGUUGUCACCAUACCCACAAGGAAAGCAACACGAGAGUCAAGAGCCAGCUCUGUUUCCUCUGCACCAGUCAGUAUAUAAGCAUGAGAUCCUAAUGGUCAGAUACUUUACCUGCUUCUAGGACUUUAAUUGUCUGUUACAUAAACAUCUCCCUGUGCUGCUUUCAAGUGACUGGAAAGGGUCUUUAAUUAAGCAGCUGUAUGAAACCGGCAGAUAAUGUUUAUGAGACAGACAAACUCGCCAUAGUCAUAUCCACCACAACUAUUAGGCAGACAUUUCUCUGUGGGGCCAAUUUAGAUGUUAGCAUUUUAGCAUUUGCCCGUAUUCUGUAGCAUCUCUAAAUUAAACCCACUACUCCGUGUGAGGCGGACUUUGAGGGAGGCGCAGCAGCUUGAAAAAAAACAUAUUUUUCAAACCUGCUAAGCUAACAGACAAAAUGAUUUUUUUUUUAGUUCCUAUAGUGAGUUAGAAAAAAAUAAAACAUUCACAAAAUGUGCUCCAGAAAAUCUGUUUUUUGGAGUGCAGCCCGAUACGUAUUAUAUUCUCUGAGGAGAGGCUGACUGUGCCACACUUUGAAAACAAAAUUGACAUGCAUUCACAACAUAAAGUAGGUAUUUAUUUUAAAAUCCAGACUAUCGAAGGGUUUCCCAAGCUUUUUACAAAUGUGGUUCCUUCACCAUGUAUUGACAUAACAUUGACAUAUACUGCACAUAAAUUCAUGAUAAAGAACGCUUUUGUGCCUACCUGUACCUACAAUAUCUUAAAACAUUUUGUGGGACAAUAGAAAUGGACUGGUGACCCAUUUUGGGUCUCGACCCUCAGUUUGGGAAACCCUGGUUUAUGGUGACUACAAAGCUCAGGUACUUGAAGAGUCAAAAAGCUGGAAUUAAUGAGGCAACACCUGCCAGAAGUGGGUGCUGAACAUUUUGUUUGGUUGCGUGAUGGUCAACAAUAUCUGUGAAUUUAAAUUGAAAAAGGUCCUGCUGGAAAAUACUGCAAGGAUGGGGAUGAUGAAUGUGUUCAGAAAACUUGUAAAAAAAAUAUAUACAUUGUAACAGGAGAUGUUUCUGCCUGAGCUGUCUUGGGAGUAGUGAUUUCCAUGGUUGCUCAUGUUUUUUGUUUUGUUUUUAAAUAAAAGAAGUGA